GGUAGGCCUCUUCCUUUCCGGCGUUGGGCGCCAUCGGGGCCGGGUACGUCAGUGCUCGGCUGGCCUUCCAUCCGCUCCCAUCCCCGCUCCUUGCUGGUUAUCCGCCCGCCUCGCUGCCGGCCCUGCGCGGUAACCAAACAUGGGUGCCUACAAGUACAUCCAGGAGCUAUGGAGGAAAAAGCAGUCAGAUGUGAUGCGUUUCCUCCUUCGUGUCCGCUGCUGGCAGUACCGCCAGCUGUCUGCCUUGCAUCGUGCUCCUCGACCAACCAGGCCAGACAAAGCUCGCAGGCUGGGAUAUAAGGCCAAGCAAGGUUAUGUUAUCUACCGUGUCCGUGUUCGCCGUGGUGGUCGUAAGCGCCCUGUCCCAAAAGGUGCAACCUAUGGGAAACCUGUGCAUCACGGUGUCAACCAGCUGAAGUUUGCCCGCAGUCUUCAGUCUGUAGCAGAGGAGCGUGCUGGCCGUCACUGUGGGGCUCUGAGAGUCCUCAACUCCUAUUGGGUGGGUGAAGAUUCCACUUACAAGUUUUUCGAGGUGAUCCUGAUUGAUCCCUUCCACAAGGCCAUCAGGCGCAACCCUGAUACUCAGUGGAUCACCAAGCCCGUUCACAAGCACAGAGAGAUGCGUGGGCUGACGUCAGCUGGGAGGAAGAGCCGUGGUCUGGGCAAGGGCCACAAAUUCCAUCACACCAUUGGUGGCUCGCGUCGUGCUGCCUGGAGAAGGCGCAAUACCCUGCAGCUGCACCGCUACCGCUAAUUCUUGUAAACACAGCAGUCUAAUAAAGCUGAUGCGGGUUGUUGAAUUUAA